AUGGACUUGUUUCCAAGUGAUGUUGUUGAGAAGUGCGAAAUUUUGGAGAUAAAAGAGAAUGUAAAGCUUCCGAAUGUGUUGAAAAAGGCUUUGAAUCUCUUUAAUGUAAGUUUUUGUUGAUUUUCUUUGACUUAUUUUUUUAAAUAAAGAUUUAAAGACGAACAAUAGAUUAAACAGUAAUAUUAUUGGUUUAAAAGAUGUUUUAACUUUAUUUUUGUGAUAUAGGUUAUAUUAUUUUAGGUAGAAGGAAAGGAUCUCUUGAUUUAUGGAUCAAGCAAAGCGAUUGAACGAGCUGUGGCCUUAGUUGAACAGGUUAAACAAACACAAACAGUAAGUAUUUUUAUAAUUUUUUGUAUAGUUUAGAAGCCAGUUUAUCAAUGGAACAAGUUUUCUGAGAUCAAGACAAAAGCCGAGAAUAAGUUGGAUGUAGACUUGUUUGAACCAAUAAUUGCUGUGGUUUUGAGCAAGAAAAAUAUUGGUGAUGAAACUGAAAGGUAUGAUUUAGAAUAAUGUUACUGUUUUGGAAUAUUUUAAAGUUUUAUGGUUUUUUAAUCACGUAGCAAAGCAAUACACUAUAUUACUUUAGGUGCACCAAACAUGAGUUUUUAAAAUUUUAAAAUUAAUUUUAUACAACUUGAAGUAAAUUUUAAUAAUUUUUAUGCGAAUACGGUUUUAUCUAUUUUAGUGUACAAGUUUCUACAGAAUCAUCAGAUUUUAAACAUCUUAAUGACCUUCCCCGGCUAAAGAUUGGUACUGAAAACAAAGAUAAUAAUUGGCGGCAAAAACGGAAAAUUAAGUAG